AUGGUGGACGUGGAGAGCGAAGUCCCCCCGCUUCCUCCCAGGUACCGGUUCCGAGAUCUGUUGCUGGGAGAUCAGGGAUGGCAGAACGACGACAGGGUACAAGUUGAAUUCUACAUGAAUGACAAUACAUUUAAGGAGAGGCUAAAGCUAUUUUUCAUCAAAAACCAAAGAUCAAGCCUCAGAAUACGCUUGUUCAAUUUUUCACUCAAGCUGCUAAGUUGUUUCUUGUAUAUAGUUCGAGUGCUCUUGGAUGACCCUUCUCGAGAACAUGGAUGGAGGCCUAUUAUUUGGGUGAACAGAAGCUUACCGUUGUGGGGACUGCAGGUGUCAGUGGCUGUGAUAAGUCUAUUGGAAACUAUACUUCUGAGCUAUCUGAGCUAUAAAGGAAACAUGUGGGAACAAGUAUUGCGGAUUCCCUUCCUAUUGGAAAUUAUCAAUGCAAUUCCUUUCAUUAUUACAAUUUUUUGGCCUUCAUUAAGAAACCUGUUUAUUCCGGUAUUUUUAAAUUGUUGGCUUGCCAAGCAUGCUUUGGAGAAUAUGAUUAAUGACCUCCAUAGAGCCAUCCAACGCACACAAUCUGCCAUGUUCAACCAAGUUCUGAUUUUAAUAUCUACAUUACUGUGUCUUAUCUUUACUUGUAUUUGUGGAAUUCAGCAUCUGGAGCGAGCAGGAAACAAGUUGACUCUCUUUGACUCCCUUUAUUUCUGCAUAGUGACAUUUUCCACUGUGGGCUUUGGGGAUGUUACUCCUAAGAUCUGGCCUUCAAAACUGCUGGUUGUCAUUAUGAUCUGUGUUGCCCUUGUGGUGUUACCAAUACAGUUUGAGCAGCUGGCUUAUUUGUGGAUGGAGAGGCAAAAAUCAGGUGGAAAUUAUAGCCGACACAGAGCUCAGACUGAAAAGCAUGUUGUGUUGUGCGUGAGUUCUCUGAAGAUUGACCUGCUCAUGGAUUUCCUAAAUGAAUUCUACGCUCACCCUAGGCUCCAAGACUACUAUGUGGUUAUCUUAUGCCCCACUGAGAUGGAUGCUCAGGUUCGAAGAGUGUUACAAAUUCCAAUGUGGUCUCAAAGAGUUAUCUAUCUGCAGGGCUCAGCACUGAAAGAUCAGGACCUCCUGAGAGCUAAGAUGGAUGAUGCUGAGGCCUGUUUCAUUUUAAGUAGCCGCUGUGAAGUGGACAGGACAGCAGCUGAUCAUCAAACAAUUUUAAGAGCAUGGGCAGUUAAAGAUUUUGCACCCAAUUGUCCUCUGUAUGUGCAGAUACUGAAGCCUGAAAAUAAGUUCCACAUCAAAUUUGCAG